AUGUCCAAACGGUCGUUCGGGACUGCUCAAGCAACAACGGAACUGCACAGUUUGGCCGAAGCUUUGCUGAACAAAUGGGCCACCGGCCGCCUUUUGAAAAAUGUGAGCCCAGCCGUAGUGUCUGUUGCUGCUUCCAUGGCGCCAGCAAGUGCACUGCGAUGUAGCGAAGAAUCUGUGAGCUUUCGCGGCGCAUUUGCUGAUGCAGUCAAAACAGCGACAGACACUGGAGCCAAGCUUACUUUCUCCAGAAGACACACGAUGGACUAUUUUUUUCAGCCGGGCCUUGACUGGGAGUCAUAUGCAGUGAAUUCAGUACAAGUGGAACGUAGUCGACAGCGCAUCGGCUUCCGGUGUGAAAUGGGCUUUUUGCACAAUUCACCCGCAGAGUUGCGCAAAUUUAACUUGUUUAUACGUGAGGAGCAACGUGGAUGCCGCUUACCUAAACACGAUCCUGGACCACCCUCAGAAAAUUUCAGCAUUCCAGCUGCUCUGGUUGCGGAGUUACGGCAAAUUUCAUGUGUUCGCACGUAA